UGUGUAGCUAUUGAGGGCCUCCCUGGUCUUUCAGAGUGUAGUUACCGGUGUUGGUCUUCCACCAUUGGUACCUUUGUGGUCCUGUUCUUGUGAAACUUGAUGAAUUUGCUUUUGCUGUCAAGGAGACCAGGCGCCGGUCAUAGAAAUUUCCACGUUUGUUUGACAUGUUUUUCUUCUUUACCAGCCAUGAAAGUCAUUUUCAUUAGACCCCACUUCUAGAUACUGGGCUGUUAUUGAAGAUAGGGUGUUCGUUCGUGUUGCUUUUCUUUGUUGUUCUUCUUUCUCCACAUUUUGCAGUAUCUGCCAUGUGGAUUGUGGCGUAAGAGUGAGGGAACUUAAGUCCUUUUUUUUUCGGUUCAUAGUGGGCGCUGAGUCGAUCCUGCUUUCUUAGUGUAUUCCUUGUCGUCCUGGUUUUGCUUCUAUUUUGAAAGUAAUGUGGCCAUUUUUGUUGCUUAUAGUACUACUGAGAGGGUUUUUUAUGGAAUCAGGAAGGAUAUUGCUGCGAAUUUGGGGAGAUAUAGAAGUAUAGGCGAAUUUAAUGCGUAAUUUCUUUAGGUAUCGGUCGACAUUGUUUAUAUAUCACCUUAAUGGAGUCGAAAUUGUUUAGUUCUCGAGUUGGGCAUGUGUUGGAGGUAGCAGAUGUUCGUAGCAUUCAUACAAAGCUUCGUUCAAAUAUAAUUAUCCGGAAGAGGAUUCCAUGGUCCUCUCUUUCUUGUCAAGGUAGAGCUUUCAAGCCUUCCUAUCCAACGACUGAAACAUUUAAGCUGGAAACCGAUGUUGUUGGCAGAAGUAUCUUCAUGCCAAACAAAGAAUCUAGGAUUCUUGGAAGCAAUGGUGUUCCAUCAACCGCAAAAGCCAAUGUGAAUUUCUUAAAGUUGGAUGCCUUUGAAGAUGAAUACGGGGGAAUCAUCAUCAAGUCAGAAUGCUUGCCUGCAGAUGUGAAUACAUUUGUUUCACUCCUUCGGACUUCCCUUAAUCGUUGGAGGUUGAAGGGAAAGAAAGGAGUAUGGCUUAAGCUUCCUAUUGAAAAAUCUGAACUUGUCCCUGCUGCGAUCAAGGAAGGAUUUAUCUAUCACCAUGCAGAGCCAGGCUAUGUGAUGCUGACCUAUUGGAUACCACCAGGACCAUGUCUGCUUCCAUCUAAUGCUACACAUCAGGUUGGAGUUGGUGGUUUUGUAGUCAAUGAUAACAAAGAGCUACUUGUGGUGCAAGAAAAGCACACUGCUUCAGCAUUUGAAGGAUUUUGGAAACUACCAACUGGAUUUAUUCUUGAGGAUGAAGAGAUAUUCUCAGGGGCCAUCAGAGAAGUUAGAGAAGAAACUGGUAUUGACACGGAAUUUCUGGAGGUGCUUGCUUUCAAACAUGCUCAUGGGGUGGCAUUUGGGAAGGCAGAUUUGUUUUUUAUUUGCUUACUGAGACCGCUAUCAAGUGAAAUUGUAGUAGAUGAGUUGGAGAUUGGAGACGCCAAGUGGAUGCCUCUCAAUGAAUUCAUGGAGCAGACAAUUCUUCAAAAGGAUGACAUGCUUACCAACAUCAUGAAAAUAUGCAUUGCGCGGCUUGGUCAGCAGUAUCGCGGAUUAUCAACAGCUCAACUUGUCUCUAUGUAUGAUGGCAAGCCUUCUUCUUUGUAUUUCAAUUUGGCAAAUGAAAAUGAAGGCCCGUGCAUGUGAAGGACUCAAGGGGGCACAUAUUUUUUUCACCUGACCCUCCCUGAGGUUACGUAAUUUGAAAUAAAUGUGUCUGUGACACGGUGUACAUGCUUUAAAAAAUCGUAAUGAAACAACACGAUUCAGCUUUCUA